AUGGAGCGCGGGCUUCGUCUGAGAAGCCAUACGUGUGCGAGCCGGUCCCCACUGCCCCCGCGGCGUUGUCACCAUCAUCCUAAGGCCACUGGAGCAGCCUCGGGCGCUGCUGCCUGGGAUCCGAGCCCGGGCUGCGGCGGGCUCUGCAGGCUGGCACUCAGACCCAGCGCGCAGAAUGGCAGGAAUAACACAUUUCAAACCUACAAGAAAGAAGAGUGCCUCCCAGGUCAUUCGAGUCAAAAGAUAGUUCAAUUUUAUAUCCACCAAACUACCAGGAUGUGCCCCUGCCCAUUCCACUGCUUUGGGGGCCAUCUCCUGAAGCCUAGGGACCAGGUAUUGAUGCCCUACUGGGUGCCCCAGGUCCUGAGGUCUUAGCAGCAGGUGGUGAGGAGGCAGGAGAGUUUGAAAGGCAUCCAAGAACCCCCGCUGGAUGCAUGUUCCUGGCACAACUGCUGGCAGAUCUGUGGUGACGGGCGCUUGCUGCCCUAAUGGCUGCUCCAGGCCCCCUACCAGGACGAGCUGCUGGCUUCUCCAGCACGUCUGCCGCCCCUUGGCUUCCUGUCCCUCCUCCAGGCCAUCCUGAGUGUUAUCGUGGCCAUUCGGUGA